GAACUUCAUCAAGACGUUCAAAGAAGAAGAAGCUUUUCUCUGAAUUUCACGCUUCGUUUUCUCUUCUCCACAGCUUUCCCUUUCCAUUUUCCAUCAAAAUCAACAAGCCUUGCAAUUCGGGUCAUUUUGGAGAAGGAUUUUCGGAGAUCAAAUUUUUCUUCGAUUAAACCCUAAUCUGUAAGUUUGCCUCUGGAAUUGACCAGAAUUUUCAUAUCGGCCUCAGUGUGAUCAACAGAGCAUUUACUGCCAUUCAAGAGAGGUCAGAGGUUACUUGCGAACUCAUCGAGAAUAAUCGAGUUUAGAAGACGGUGAUUUGCUCACACUUGGAAACCUUUCCGAAUUUGGAUCGUUUCUGUUGAUCAAUUCCUGUUCGUGACUGGCUAUUUGAUUUGAUUUUGCUUAGUUUUGGAGAUAAAUCUUCUUUUGGAGGGAGGGGAUGAUUCUGUUUGUUUCUCGUUUAGUUGGAGAAAGUUGCAGUCAACCAUGACUUUGCACCAAAAGUGUUUGAUCGUUAUUAUCGCAAUUUUCUCGGCUUCUUCAACUAUCGCUGAGAACUUGACGUCCUGCAGAACCGGGGAUUCGGCUAAAUUUGUACGGUAUGCGUUUGGAUUCUCAGAAUCGAGCCCAAUCAGAUUGAGUUGCAGCGAAAAUGGUGAGAUUCAAAUCGGUGGAUUCCAGGUCCAGAACAUUACUGAGAGGAGCAUCCUCGUCAAACUUCCUGCAGUGUGCAAUUUCUCUGUAUCAGUUUCAGAACUGUUCGGCGGAAAUUAUUGGCCCACUAAUCGCAACAGUCUCCUCUUGAAUUGUACUCAACAACGUAUUCCAUGCGCAAUAUUAGCAAAUUUUAGCCAGAUUCUGCCAGAGAACUGCGGCAUUAGACGCAGUAAUCCCAGCUGCUUCACCAAGACCAACGAAACUGGAUUCCUGCCCCGUUUAGAAGAUAAGUGCCAGUUCCUCUGGUCCUCUGCAUUCGUUGAUUCCACGUCAAAUCAGACCGCUUCUCUCCAAUUCCAGGUCAUUGAGUUAGAGUGGUGGCUCUCAGUGGCCUCCAAUGAUUCCGCAAAAUGCUCGAAAAAUGCCGAUCCUGAGUUUAUCAACGCCCCACGGAACCACCAAGGAUUCCGUUGCCGGUGCAAAGAAGGGUUUGAAGGAAAUGGAUACGACGGCGUCGGUUGCCGGAAAGUUUCUCGCGAGUGCAAUCCUUCAAGGUUCGUGUCUGGCCAAUGUGGCGGAAGCAACAGAGUCACUGCUCUAAUUGCAGGCAUUGUUAUUGGAGCCGUUCUAAUGGCUGUCCUGACGCUUAUCUGUUACUGCAUCCGACGCCGCUCGAUGUGUCUGAAAGGUCAGACAAGCGCUAAGCGGCUUCUAUCUGAGGCCGCUGGAAAUUCCAGUGUUACUUUAUAUCCCUACAAAGAAAUAGAAAAAGCCACUAGUGGCUUCUCUGAGAAACAAAGGCUGGGAACUGGAGCCUUUGGUACAGUUUAUGCAGGACGGCUUCAUGAAGAUGAAUGGGUUGCUGUAAAAAGGAUCAAAUAUAGAGACCACAAUAGCAUUGAUCAGGUCAUGAAUGAGAUUAAACUACUCUCCUCUGUGAGCCACCCGAAUCUAGUCCGCUUGCUAGGCUGCUGCAUUGAGGAAGGCCAACAGAUUCUUGUCUAUGAGUUUAUGCCCAAUGGAACUCUCUCUCAACAUCUCCAGAGAGAGCGUGGAAAUGGCCUUCCAUGGACGACUCGGCUCACCAUUGCAGCUGAAACUUCUCGUGCGAUAGCAUACCUCCAUUCUUCUGUGCAUCCACCGAUAUAUCACAGAGACAUCAAAUCAAGCAAUAUACUUUUGGAUCAUAACUUCAAAUCAAAAGUUGCAGAUUUUGGUCUUUCUAGACUUGGUAUGACAGAAAUAUCACACAUCUCAACAGCUCCACAAGGGACCCCGGGCUAUGUUGAUCCGCAAUACCACCAAAAUUUCUAUCUUUCAGAUAAAAGUGAUGUUUAUAGUUUCGGAGUAGUCCUAGUAGAGAUAAUAACAGCAUUAAAAGUGGUUGAUUUCACUCGUCCCCAGAGUGAAGUAAACUUAGCUGCACUUGCCAUUGAUAGGAUUGGGAGAGGUUGUAUAGAUGAACUAAUUGAUCCUUUCCUAGACCUGCAUAGAGAUGCUUGGACUCUUUACUCCGUUCACAAGGUGGCUGAGCUUGCAUUCAGAUGCCUUGCUUUUCAUAGUGACAUGAGGCCUUCGAUGAUGGAAGUGGCAGAGGAACUGGAAAACAUCAGACGCAGCGGGUGGACAUCGAUGGAGGAGCAUUUUUGUGCAGCAUCAUCAGCAGGGUCAGCUUGCUCAUCUCCACGUAGCGUAAGCGAGAGAUCCAUAAGUGGGAUAACAAUUAAAAAGGCCGGGCUGCUUGCAGGACUGGGGAGCCAGAGAUUGAUAAUCCCACCGGAGAAUAAUCACCACAAGGACUGUCUGCCUCCUGUAGAGGAGGUUAUGGAUAGUUCCCCAGUUUCCAUACAGGAUCCUUGGUUGAGUGAACAAAGCUCACCUUCAACAAAUAGUUUAUUGGGCAAUGUGGUACAGUGAAAAGAGAAGAAGAAGCAGCAGCAGCAGCUUUUGUGGGACAUUUAACCUCCUAAACCUCACCAUUAUUUGUUAUAUGCAAUGUAAAAUCUUAAAUCAUGUCGUUGUUCUUAACCUCCCUGGGAACUUGUUGAUUAAACUGUAGAGGUCAUUUUCCAGAAAUGUGAAGCAUUCUUUGCACAUCUUCAGGGAAUGCCACAUGCCAAGCAUAGGA